AUGGCGAUCUGGAACACUGCCGAGUGCUCUAACCUCCCGCUAGAACCUGCACUAGUCCCGGACGAAGAGCCUCUAAGAUUUCAAGAACUCCGUUCAUUCCUGUUAGAUAGUCCAGCGUAUCAGUGGCUUGUGGAGAACGCUCGAUCUUCAGCAAUAUUGACUGAGAGAAAGGGAACAAUUGUUGAUGCUAUCGCGCGCAAGGUUGAUGACACAAUCUCGUCCAUGAGAUCUCCAAAGUCAUGGCGUUUCCAAAUGUUCCAGAUUAACUUCAACAUACACUGGGACCUUCCGAAUUUUCUCAUGGGUCAAGAGUAUGAAACUACGUCGGAGAUCGCUGUCGAACACGCCAUCACCGUUACGGGAUCCGGAAGUAAUACUCAGGCACUGAGUUGUAUGGAGUAUAUGCGCCAGACUUGGCCUUCAAGUGGCCGUGAGGUGCUGCGGAUGCUUCAGAAGGCUUUGAUAUCUCCAAAUCUGUCUUAUUCGAGUUGUCUUGCUGAUGGCACGGAGCUCGACAUUUCAUUGAGAUCACCUAGGGUAUCGGUCGUGGCACGUGGAGGCCAGGCUGCCCUAACAGAGCUUUGCGAGCAGCUUGCUUGGCUUGGAGCUGCUCUCCAAAACUCUCCGGUAUCGUCUGGAGUGUGUCUUGCCACUCCGAACAUCACAAUCUCUAAAGACGCCCAUCCUAGCAACGAAGUGCCAUCUGUUACUGUUCAAAUCGCAUUCACGAUUACUCCGCUUCCGGAUCAUGAUCUGUCUACUCACCUGGGCGGUACUUGUUGGCACGCAAUGUUUCGUAAUCCGACAGUUGUCAACGGCUUUCCAAUACUCGCACGGCAUGAGAGCGAGCAAGGACUGGAGCUACCACUUGACCUAAUGAGCGUUCUGGCCGAAGCACACUUUGCCACGCGCUAUGGUACAAUACUGCUUUUGAAAGGACUCUGUACCAUGCUUGUACCUACGCGUCAGACUAAAAACUCUGUCACCUGGCACUUCCUGUUAAACGAAGAUGGGAAUCGUAUGCCGUACUAUUCUUUCCGGGAACGCUGUCCGAGUUGGGUUGGCGUUGAUAAGGUGAGUAUGGGCUUUCUAGAGGCAGGAAACGUUCGCCAUUUCGUUGGAUGGGCAUCACAUAUCACCAGGCAUUUAGGAACAAAAGAUGUGAAAUACGAGCAGAUCGACUGGUCCGGAGCCAAACAAUGCUCUCCAGGCCUGGCUAUAGAGCAGAAGCUAACCAUCUCUGUCAGCAAGAUACUUGGGGGAAGUAUGACUGCGGUCCGGGGCAACAGGGACAAGCCCAUGUACGUAAAACAUUCCGGAUACUCGAUCCAGAUUAAGCAGGCCCGCAAAAAAUACGUUGUGCUUUACGAUACUGAAGCUCAACGAGGGUGGUUAAUUGAUGGGGCGAGCGCCUUGCUACAUCUCGUGCGGACGCAGACAGUACAAGAACCCUACGGUGGCCAAGAUUCCCUUUUCAACCCUUCGAAAUUUAAGCAUCCCGGAAUAGAUCAGGGCCCAGAUGCAGCUGAGAACGUUUUAAAAGACGAGAGCAAUAUGCAACACGUCAUCCUCAGGGAGUUCAGCUCAUACGCCGAUGAAACAAUUGAUGUACCUCACCAUGAAGCAAUGUCGAUAGUUGGCGAGGAGUCUGACAAUGUGAUGAACAAGCGAUCGGAGAAUGCGCCCAAUUCAGUUGAAGGGAGAAGAGCAAUUUAUAAGACAACAUGCCUCAGGGAGCUGGUCUCACAGACUUGGAGUACUUUAGAGCUGAUCUUUGACCACCAGACGGAUGUUGCAAGGACUCACACCACAACGCAGUUGACAAAUCCAUUCCAAACAAAAUUGGAGGGCUACGAGUUUAUGGAUAUCGUAUCAGCCCGUACCAGCUUGACUCGGCGGGCUGUCGAACUCCAGUCCAAUGGGCCAACCUGGAUAGUGUUGACAAGGCGGAUACAAGCAAUUACUCUUUUUGGUCAACAUUUCGGAGAUAUGUACAAGCCCACCGAGGAUGCCGCGGAACGGAUCUGCAAACUGUGGCAGACUGUUCCGCAAGGCCACGAGUAUCUUGCGGUCCCAAUAUCACUACUGAAAGAGAUCAAGCAGCGCAGCUGGGAAGACGGUGAAAUCGACGCGAGCUCCCCAGAAAUAGCAAAAGGUCUCAUCUGCUCCCCUUCAAGUGACGCUUUCAGAACAUGUGAGCCAUGCUGCAAACACAGUUUCAUCCGCGUCCAGCAGCCUUGUUCCUCUAAACCGGCGGAAAUACUAGCCAGGAUUGCCAUGGACCAGAAGGCGCCUCGUGAAGUUAACCCUUUCGUUGAGAUCAACGGCGCCCUAUUGUUCGGCAAGAAUAGCGAUUUGGACGUCAAAAAGCUCGAGAUUUUGUCGCCACCAGCGGUGCACAAGGAAAGCAGCUUCCACGACAGCGGAAUUGGUCCAAGCUUGCAGUUUUCCUCCCAAGCCAGCUCAUCAAAUACAAACCCCGUCACGAACCCGGAUACACAGCCCAUGCGACCGUGGGCAGACAGCAUGGGAACCUCUCCAUCCCCAUUAGAUCAGACUAGGCCUAAGAACACGAGUGGAGACCGCACUAAAUCUCUCAGUUUGCGGCAAUCAGAUGACGAUACUACAGCCAGGAGGGCCAGCCUCUCCCAGCAAGCGCUAUCUCCAGGGCCUGCAUCUGUGAACAAGUCCACAGAUGUCCCAUUCUCGGAUCAAGCCCACAGUUGGAGAAGGAGCCUCGUUGCCAGCUUGGAAAAGGUAGCUACCAGGAUAAUACCUUCGUGGCGGAAGAGAGCAGUUACCAUUGCACCUCGCCGUUGA